AUGUAUAGUACAUUGACGCUUGAUUUGAUAGUAGAUANGACAGAGCAGACUGAAACGGAAACGACAGAGCAGACUGAAACGGAAACGACAGAGCAGACUGAAACGGAAACGACAGAGCAGACUGAAACGGAAACGACAGAGCAGACUGAAACGGAAACGACAGAGCAGACUGAAACGGAAACGACAGAGCAGACUGAAACGGAAACGACAGAGCAGACUGAAACGGAAACGACAGAGCAGACUGAAACGGAAACGACAGAGCAGACUGAAACGGAAACGACAGAGCAGACUGAAACGGAAACGACAGAGCAGACUGAAACGGAAACGACAGAGCAGACUGAAACGGAAACGACAGAGCAGACUGAAACGGAAACGACAGAGCAGACUGAAACGGAAACGACAGAGCAGACUGAAACGGAAACGACAGAGCAGACUGAAACGGAAACGACAGAGCAGACUGAAACGGAAACGACAGAGCAGACUGAAACGGAAACGACAGAGCAGACUGAAACGGAAACGACAGAGCAGACUGAAACGGAAACGACAGAGCAGACUGAAACGGAAACGACAGAGCAGACUGAAACGGAAACGACAGAGCAGACUGAAACGGAAACGACAGAGCAGACUGAAACGGAAACGACAGAGCAGACUGAAACGGAAACGACAGAGCAGACUGAAACGGAAACGACAGAGCAGACUGAAACGGAAACGACAGAGCAGACUGAAACGGAAACGACAGAGCAGACUGAAACGGAAACGACAGAGCAGACUGAAACGGAAACGACAGAGCAGACUGAAACGGAAACGACAGAGCAGACUGAAACGGAAACGACAGAGCAGACUGAAACGGAAACGACAGAGCAGACUGAAACGGAAACGACAGAGCAGACUGAAACGGAAACGACAGAGCAGACUGAAACGGAAACGACAGAGCAGACUGAAACGGAAACGACAGAGCAGACUGAAACGGAAACGACAGAGCAGACUGAAACGGAAACGACAGAGCAGACUGAAACGGAAACGACAGAGCAGACUGAAACGGAAACGACAGAGCAGACUGAAACGGAAACGACAGAGCAGACUGAAACGGAAACGACAGAGCAGACUGAAACGGAAACGACAGAGCAGACUGAAACGGAAACGACAGAGCAGACUGAAACGGAAACGACAGAGCAGACUGAAACGGAAACGACAGAGCAGACUGAAACGGAAACGACAGAGCAGACUGAAACGGAAACGACAGAGCAGACUGAAACGGAAACGACAGAGCAGACUGAAACGGAAACGACAGAGCAGACUGAAACGGAAACGACAGAGCAGACUGAAACGGAAACGACAGAGCAGACUGAAACGGAAACGACAGAGCAGACUGAAACGGAAACGACAGAGCAGACUGAAACGGAAACGACAGAGCAGACUGAAACGGAAACGACAGAGCAGACUGAAACGGAAACGACAGAGCAGACUGAAACGGAAACGACAGAGCAGACUGAAACGGAAACGACAGAGCAGACUGAAACGGAAACGACAGAGCAGACUGAAACGGAAACGACAGAGCAGACUGAAACGGAAACGACAGAGCAGACUGAAACGGAAACGACAGAGCAGACUGAAACGGAAACGACAGAGCAGACUGAAACGGAAACGACAGAGCAGACUGAAACGGAAACGACAGAGCAGACUGAAACGGAAACGACAGAGCAGACUGAAACGGAAACGACAGAGCAGACUGAAACGGAAACGACAGAGCAGACUGAAACGGAAACGACAGAGCAGACUGAAACGGAAACGACAGAGCAGACUGAAACGGAAACGACAGAGCAGACUGAAACGGAAACGACAGAGCAGACUGAAACGGAAACGACAGAGCAGACUGAAACGGAAACGACAGAGCAGACUGAAACGGAAACGACAGAGCAGACUGAAACGGAAACGACAGAGCAGACUGAAACGGAAACGACAGAGCAGACUGAAACGGAAACGACAGAGCAGACUGAAACGGAAACGACAGAGCAGACUGAAACGGAAACGACAGAGCAGACUGAAACGGAAACGACAGAGCAGACUGAAACGGAAACGACAGAGCAGACUGAAACGGAAACGACAGAGCAGACUGAAACGGAAACGACAGAGCAGACUGAAACGGAAACGACAGAGCAGACUGAAACGGAAACGACAGAGCAGACUGAAACGGAAACGACAGAGCAGACUGAAACGGAAACGACAGAGCAGACUGAAACGGAAACGACAGAGCAGACUGAAACGGAAACGACAGAGCAGACUGAAACGGAAACGACAGAGCAGACUGAAACGGAAACGACAGAGCAGACUGAAACGGAAACGACAGAGCAGACUGAAACGGAAACGACAGAGCAGACUGAAACGGAAACGACAGAGCAGACUGAAACGGAAACGACAGAGCAGACUGAAACGGAAACGACAGAGCAGACUGAAACGGAAACGACAGAGCAGACUGAAACGGAAACGACAGAGCAGACUGAAACGGAAACGACAGAGCAGACUGAAACGGAAACGACAGAGCAGACUGAAACGGAAACGACAGAGCAGACUGAAACGGAAACGACAGAGCAGACUGAAACGGAAACGACAGAGCAGACUGAAACGGAAACGACAGAGCAGACUGAAACGGAAACGACAGAGCAGACUGAAACGGAAACGACAGAGCAGACUGAAACGGAAACGACAGAGCAGACUGAAACGGAAACGACAGAGCAGACUGAAACGGAAACGACAGAGCAGACUGAAACGGAAACGACAGAGCAGACUGAAACGGAAACGACAGAGCAGACUGAAACGGAAACGACAGAGCAGACUGAAACGGAAACGACAGAGCAGACUGAAACGGAAACGACAGAGCAGACUGAAACGGAAACGACAGAGCAGACUGAAACGGAAACGACAGAGCAGACUGAAACGGAAACGACAGAGCAGACUGAAACGGAAACGACAGAGCAGACUGAAACGGAAACGACAGAGCAGACUGAAACGGAAACGACAGAGCAGACUGAAACGGAAACGACAGAGCAGACUGAAACGGAAACGACAGAGCAGACUGAAACGGAAACGACAGAGCAGACUGAAACGGAAACGACAGAGCAGACUGAAACGGAAACGACAGAGCAGACUGAAACGGAAACGACAGAGCAGACUGAAACGGAAACGACAGAGCAGACUGAAACGGAAACGACAGAGCAGACUGAAACGGAAACGACAGAGCAGACUGAAACGGAAACGACAGAGCAGACUGAAACGGAAACGACAGAGCAGACUGAAACGGAAACGACAGAGCAGACUGAAACGGAAACGACAGAGCAGACUGAAACGGAAACGACAGAGCAGACUGAAACGGAAACGACAGAGCAGACUGAAACGGAAACGACAGAGCAGACUGAAACGGAAACGACAGAGCAGACUGAAACGGAAACGACAGAGCAGACUGAAACGGAAACGACAGAGCAGACUGAAACGGAAACGACAGAGCAGACUGAAACGGAAACGACAGAGCAGACUGAAACGGAAACGACAGAGCAGACUGAAACGGAAACGACAGAGCAGACUGAAACGGAAACGACAGAGCAGACUGAAACGGAAACGACAGAGCAGACUGAAACGGAAACGACAGAGCAGACUGAAACGGAAACGACAGAGCAGACUGAAACGGAAACGACAGAGCAGACUGAAACGGAAACGACAGAGCAGACUGAAACGGAAACGACAGAGCAGACUGAAACGGAAACGACAGAGCAGACUGAAACGGAAACGACAGAGCAGACUGAAACGGAAACGACAGAGCAGACUGAAACGGAAACGACAGAGCAGACUGAAACGGAAACGACAGAGCAGACUGAAACGGAAACGACAGAGCAGACUGAAACGGAAACGACAGAGCAGACUGAAACGGAAACGACAGAGCAGACUGAAACGGAAACGACAGAGCAGACUGAAACGGAAACGACAGAGCAGACUGAAACGGAAACGACAGAGCAGACUGAAACGGAAACGACAGAGCAGACUGAAACGGAAACGACAGAGCAGACUGAAACGGAAACGACAGAGCAGACUGAAACGGAAACGACAGAGCAGACUGAAACGGAAACGACAGAGCAGACUGAAACGGAAACGACAGAGCAGACUGAAACGGAAACGACAGAGCAGACUGAAACGGAAACGACAGAGCAGACUGAAACGGAAACGACAGAGCAGACUGAAACGGAAACGACAGAGCAGACUGAAACGGAAACGACAGAGCAGACUGAAACGGAAACGACAGAGCAGACUGAAACGGAAACGACAGAGCAGACUGAAACGGAAACGACAGAGCAGACUGAAACGGAAACGACAGAGCAGACUGAAACGGAAACGACAGAGCAGACUGAAACGGAAACGACAGAGCAGACUGAAACGGAAACGACAGAGCAGACUGAAACGGAAACGACAGAGCAGACUGAAACGGAAACGACAGAGCAGACUGAAACGGAAACGACAGAGCAGACUGAAACGGAAACGACAGAGCAGACUGAAACGGAAACGACAGAGCAGACUGAAACGGAAACGACAGAGCAGACUGAAACGGAAACGACAGAGCAGACUGAAACGGAAACGACAGAGCAGACUGAAACGGAAACGACAGAGCAGACUGAAACGGAAACGACAGAGCAGACUGAAACGGAAACGACAGAGCAGACUGAAACGGAAACGACAGAGCAGACUGAAACGGAAACGACAGAGCAGACUGAAACGGAAACGACAGAGCAGACUGAAACGGAAACGACAGAGCAGACUGAAACGGAAACGACAGAGCAGACUGAAACGGAAACGACAGAGCAGACUGAAACGGAAACGACAGAGCAGACUGAAACGGAAACGACAGAGCAGACUGAAACGGAAACGACAGAGCAGACUGAAACGGAAACGACAGAGCAGACUGAAACGGAAACGACAGAGCAGACUGAAACGGAAACGACAGAGCAGACUGAAACGGAAACGACAAAGCAGACUGAAAACAAAACAACAUUGAAGAUAGCUAAUACGACAACUGGAAUAGAAAGAGAAACAUCAACAGAAAUUGAAACAUCUACGGGAACUGAAAGAAAAAUGUCAACGAGGAUUGAUUCAAGGUUCGAAACAGAAACUGAACUGGAAACGACAGAAUUUAAAGAAGUACGAACGGAACCAACCACAUCUUCUCAAACCAAACAUGCAAUAUUAGAAACUUCGGAGUCAUUCAUCUCUUUUAAAACAGAAACAACCCAGUUUACAGAAAGAGAGGGGUCUACCAUGUUUCCAAAAACAGAGCAUGAAACACAUUUUUCUGAUUCUCAAGAAAUCACAUUUGAAAAGAAUACAGAAGCCACGUCUGUAAAGUCAAAAGAAAUAACAUCUUCUGAAAUUACACCUCUAACGUCAGCUGGAACUAUGCUUACAACGUCAGAAGAUAAUUCGCUCUUCAAUUCUGAGUCAACUACACAAGUUGGAUCAUCAACGUCCUCAGAAGCUCAGUUGGGAACAACAGAGAAAAUCACGAAUAUUACGUUUGUUUCAAAAUUCACCACUGAAGUUACACCAGUAGCAUCUACAGAAUUGGCCACUGAAAAUACAUCUGUAAUAUCUACAGAAUCGGUCACUGAAGACACUCCUGAAACACCUGAAGAAUUGGCCACUGAAGAUACGACAAUAUCAUCUACAGGAUCGACAACUGAAUACACAUCACUAUCAUCUAAAGAACAAAUUUUUCAAGAUAUAUCAGUAACAUCUACGAAAUAUACACCAAAAAUACAAUUAGAAACAACUACAGAAACUGUGACAGCCACAUCUUCAGAAAUCGUAUCUAACAGCAAUGAACCCUCGACUUCCACAAAUAUAGAACUGUUGAUAUUUGAAACCACUCAGAGUAAUGCAUCUAAGUUUGUGAACGACGAAAUCACGCCAAACUCAAAAUUGUAUCUUACUUCAACUCAGGAAACUGAAUUUAUACAGAGUACAGAAACAGAGUCUGUCUUUCCAACUGAAACCAAGCUUGUAUUAACAACACCUGAAGUCAGAAAAUCCACAAAGAUUGAUUUAGUAAUGUCUACUUAUAAUGAACUUACCCUGCCUACACAGUCUGAACUAGAAACGUCAAAAGAUGCAGAGCACGAAGCAUCAACAGAAUCAGUUUCCGAAAUCUCAAGCGAGUCUUCACCCGAAAGCUCGACUGCGCAGACUGAAACCGAAACAAAAAUACAGACAGUUAUCGAAACGACUACGUCAACAAAAACAGUAAACGAAGCGUUUACGACUUCUGAAACUUCAAUAGGAACUGAAAACGAAAUGUCAACGGCGAUAGAUUCUGGGUUUCAAACUGAAAGUGACCCCAAAAAUAGAUCAGAACAAGAAACGAUAAAUUUUAAAGAUGAACAAACAGAACUAGCCACUUCUUCUCAAACCAAACAAACUUCUGAGGCAGUUCCGUUUUCAGAAGCAGAAACGGAGACAGAGACUUCAGCAUCAACAGAAACAACAAUUAUAAUGUCUACAGAAGCCACAUCUGCAUCGUCAAGAAAAAUUAAAUUUUUAGAAACUACUACAGAACUGCUAACUGUAAUUACGUCGUUGACGUCUGCAGAACUCCAGUCUUCGACAGAGCCCGAAGUGCCGUCUACGACAGAGCCCGAAGUGCCGUCUACGACAGAGCCCGACGUGCCGUCUACGACAGAGCCCGACGUGCAGUCUACGACAGAGCCCGACGUGCAGUCUUCGACAGAGCCCGACGUGCAGUCUUCGACUGAGCCCGAAGUGCAGUCUUCGACAGAGCCCGAAGUGCAGUCUUCGACAGAGCCCGAAGUGCAGUCUUCGACAGAGCCCGAAGUGCAGUCUUCGACAGAGCCCGAAGUGCAGUCUUCGACAGAGCCCGAAGUGCAGUCUUCGACAGAGCCCGAAGUGCAGUCUUCGACAGAGCCCAAAGUGCAGUCUUCGACAGAGCCCAAAGUGCAGUCUUCGACAGAGCCCAAAGUGCAGUCUUCGACAGAGCCCCAAGAGCAGUCUUCGACAGAGCCCCAAGAGCAGUCUUCGACAGAGCCCGAAGUGCAGUCUCCGACAGAGCCUGAAUCUCAGUGGUCCACGAGGGCUUCAACUGUGGUUAGUACUGAAGUGUUAACAAGGAGUAACCUUAAAAUUUCAACAGAUUCAGAAUUUGAAAUUUAUUCUCAGACGGAGACUUCCAUAUCUCCCCAAAUGGAAACAGAUACGUCCAUUGUAAUGGAACCAAUUUCUUCCCACAUAACUGAAACCCAACUUACAACUAAUUCAUCUAUACUUCUUACAUCCAGCAUUGAUAUCUCGUCUACUGACAGUGUUUCUCGAGAUCCUAAAAGUCUGACAGGAGAUCCCACCAUUAAUUUUACUAUUAAGUAUUUGAUUACUACUGAUUUUGAUACAUCAACUCAGACAUUCCCUUCUGUAGAUCAUUCAGAACCUGAUACAUAUACGACUGAUGAUAUAUUAAAGGCAACGUCACAAGCUUCUGAUGAAACUAGUUCAGACAUAUCCAACAAAGACACUAUGGAUUACAGUACAGUAAAGUUUCAAACAGAUAGAUAUGGAACUUUUUACAGCAUAGAAUCUGAAGCAACAGAAAGCACAACAGUCACUACUAAACAUAUUAAUUCAGAGUGUCCAGAUUGUGAUGACUGUAAUGUACCAGAUGUUUCAGACUGCUCUAAGUAUUUUAAUUGCCAAAAUGGGUCUAAAGUAUCCAGACAGUGCCAACUGAGAUACCUCUUUAGCAGUAUAUCCAAAGAAUGCGAAACGUUUGAUAAAGUUUCCUGUAACUCUAGUUCAAGUCAAUGUAUUGAUAGAGAAGGAUUUUAUCCUGAUCCCGAAGAUUGCUCUUCUUUCCUGCAUUGUUAUCAUGGCGUUGCUUACAAGAUUACUUGUCCGGAAGGACUCUUUUAUAAUCCAACGAAACGAACAUGUGAUUUAAAAUCGGAAUGUGGAACGCAACCAGCACUGCCAACAUCAAGAAAUUAUGAUGUUGAAUGCGAGUGUGAAAAUUGUGCCCUACCUGACUCGGAUGACUGUUCCAAAUACUAUCUCUGUCUGAAUAACAGUGCAUAUGAAUUGAAAUGUGAGGAUGGUCUACAAUUUAAUCCUGAAACAUCAUAUUGUGACUAUCCUGGUAAAUUUUCGUGCGCCAAGUAUUCACCGGAAUGCUUGGAGAAAAAUGGAUUCUUCCCAGUUGUUGGAAAUUGUUCGAAAUAUUAUCAUUGCGUUGGAGGAGUUGCAUAUCAAACGAGCUGCGAUGUAAAUCAACAUUUCAGCAUAUCCACUGACAGUUGUGAAGAUCCGUGUGAUGCAGAAUGUGAUAAAUCAUUGGAAUGUUCUACAUCUACUACACUUCCUGCCUCAGUAUGCAAAGAGCCGAAUGGUUUUUAUCCUCAUCCAACAGAUUGCAAUAAGUUUUACAAGUGUGUGGAUUAUCUGCCUAUUUUGUCUGAAUGCAUUGGAAAUGAUCAUUUUAGUCCGAUUAAUAAAAUUUGUCAAGAUCCAUGCGAUGCUCUAUGUGAUGUAAAUCUUGAUUGUGUGGCUAUCAGCGUAGCAGCAACUCUCACAAACGCAAAUCUCUUGAGUACCUCACCAAAUACUGAAGGUAUCACUGUUAGUGAUUCAACACCACAUUCUGAAAUACCAGAUGAAACUACUCCUUCGUUACACACAGCUACGGAGGAAAGUCAUUCGAAUUUCAGUAUACUACCACUCAUUUUUGAAACGACGGGUAGUUCUGUAACCGAUGAAGAUACCUCCGACAUAGCUCGUUCACUGGAAACAACAGUUUCGACUUCAGAUAUAGGAAAUGAACUUAUAACCAUUGAAUUCAAAACACAAAAUCCUGAUCAAUAUACAGUCAGUAUGCAGCCUGAAAUUUUCUCGACUAUAAAUCCACUCAUCUGUGAACAAGGAGACGGUGUAUAUCCAAAACAAGGAGAUUGUGAUUCGUUUAUUGCUUGCAUGUUGGGAAAACCACGGGAUAUGAAAUGUCCUGAAGGAUUGCACUUCAGUCCAACCACUAAGCACUGUGAAUAUCCAUGCGUAGCUAAGUGUGAUCCAAAUUUUGAUUGCUUUAUUCCCGAAGAAGCUACUACAUCUACGCCAUUACCACUGACUAUAUGCCCGGUUAAAGAUUUCUUGCCAGUGCCAGGUUAUUGUGCAUAUUUCUACAACUGUACGGAUGGUAUUCGAAAGAAAAUGAAAUGCCCUCCUAGACUGCAUUUUAACCCUACAAGCAGAGUUUGUGAUUUUCCUUCACGUGCAAACUGUGGUGAGCCAGCUAAUCAAUUGUAUCGUCCAGAUCGUCGGAUGCAAUGCCCGUGUGAAACAUGUAUUAAACCAUCAACAGAAAACUGCAAUGAUUACUAUUUAUGCGUGAAUAAGAUAGCAUACCGUAUGACCUGCUCAAACGGCUUACUUUUCGAUGCAAAUAAAAAUACUUGCAACUUUGCUGAUGCUGCAACUUGUGAAAUUACGGCUACGACACCACCCACAGUCAAACCUACUACCUAUGUUGCUACCACUCCAACGACAACCACUACAGCAAAAGAACUUAAAUGUCCUCAAAGAAAUGGAAUGUUUCGAAAUCCUAACAACUGUGGCUCUUUCAUACAUUGUUCUAAUUGGUGGCCUUACGUGAAAGCUUGUCCUGGAAAACUGCAUUUCAGUACUCGUACAGAACGUUGUGAAUAUCCAUGUUUUGCACAAUGUGAUUCCAGUCUCUCCUGUGUCGCAACUGAACAGCCAGAAGAGACAACUAACAUGCCUGGUAUAACACCUGAUCCAUUGUGUUUAUGCAUUAACUGUCGUCAGCCAAGUGAAGAAAGUUGUACGAAAUACAUCGAAUGUAAAAAUGGAAAACCUACUGUAAAAACAUGUCCUCGGGGACAGACCUUUGACAGUAAGAGACGAGAAUGCGACUGGGCUCACAGAGUUGACUGUAGACAUAGUGAUAUCUGUUUCAGACGAAAUGGUCUGUUUCCUUAUAGAGGAGACUGCCAUAAAUUUGUCCACUGCUCUAAUGGCAUUCCAUACAUCAAAACGUGUCCUGCUGGAUUAGAGUUUGAUGCACAGACAUUGAGAUGUGAGUGGUCAAGUGGAAAGUGUGGUACAAAAGCGAAUGAUGGUAAGUCCAACUUCAUGAAAGGUGUCAAUUUUGUACCUGAAUCCUUUGUCCACCAGGAGUGGAAUUGUCCCAGCAGUUACGGAUACUUCCGUCAUACUAGGGAUUGCAAUAAUUUUUACAUCUGCAUCAAUGGGGUGAAGCAUGAGCACAACUGCUCCAAGAACCUUCUUUUUAAUCCAAGUCAUAACACAUGUGACUGGCCGAAACAUGUAAAAUGCCAUGAUACACACAAGCAUUCCCAGAGACGAUGUCGAGUAUUUGAUCGCCAUGUGGAAUGUCUAGAAAAUCGAACUAAUCUAGCUAAUCCUCAUUGUGAUAUGUUCUAUGACUGUUCUACGGGGAAGCCAUGCUCCAGAAGAUGUCCCAAAGGGCUUUACUUUAAUGCUGUUUCUGGAAUAUGUGAUGAACCACAAAAUGUCAGAUGCAACACUAGUGAUGGAGAUUCGUAUAGCUUGAAAGAUUUUGCAGGAACCUGCAAACAUAAGAGAAGGGGUCACAUGAAAGAUCCUGCAAACAGAAGCUGUUACUAUCGCUGUGAUCACGAUAAAGUAGUCAGAAGUUGCUGCUCCAGAAGUCGUGUAUUCGAUGAAAGGCGGAAUAAAUGCAUAUGGCAGUACAAAUAUUAUUGUUUGGUUGUUCCAGUGUCCAGUGCAGAAUGCAUUGGUAUAGAAUGUGAUGACCUUCCUGACUGCUCAAAUAAUUCGUGCCCCUGUCUUCAUCCCAGUAAAAUAUACUGCAGUAUCUACUAUAUCUGUAUAGAUGAUAUGGUACAGAAAUUUAGUUGCUCUUCUGGCCUGCUUUUUGAUGAAGAGAAUCUGACAUGCGACUAUAAAGACAACGUAGAUUGUAAAAAUAGGACACAAGUGCCACCUUCAAUUUCAUCCACACAGCAAGUUUCAACAGUCAAAGACUUUGAACUUCACUCAACAAUUAAAUAUUCACAUUUGUCAGAGAUAGAAACAACUCCAAUAACAGUAAACGAUAUAGCAUCAUCAUCCCAAACAGAUGAGCAAGAAACUACAGAUGGCAGUAGUACUUUAACAAUUGCAGAUAAAGAUGAAGCCAAAACCUCUACAAGUGCAUCAACAAUAAAUGUUACUGAAAUAAGUUCUUCUGAAAUGGAUCCUGAAACUGUAAGUUCUACAUUGCAGGCAAAUGCAACAGACCAAAGACCAGUUAGUGAAGAAGUUACUUCAGAAGCAACCAGCCAGAACCAAGAUGAAGAGACUUCAGAAGCAACCAGCCAAAGCCAAGAUAAAGAUACUUCAGAAGCAACCAGCAAAAGACAAGAUGAAGAUACCUCAGAAGCAACCAAUCAAAGCCAAGAUGAAAAUAUUUCUGAAGCAACUAGUCAAAGUAAAAAUGACGAGACCACAGAAAAUACUUUGGUACCAGUUUCUAUAGAUGAUUCAUCUACAGAACACUCUAAAAGAACAGUCAAACCAAUAACUGAAAAAACAACUAUAAGCGAAAUUAAUACUGAAACAACACAAAGCAAAAUUACUCAGAGCACUACAAUAACUUUUGACACAUCUUCUGAUUCCUCCAGCAAGAGCUAUGGUACAUCAACACCACCUGAUAACAUAACUACAAAAGGACAGUCUUCUGAAGAGACAUCAGAUGGAAAUGACCCUAUUUACAACUUCUCUUGCCCUUCAAGAUUUGGUCUCUUUCCAGAUUUAGAAAAUUGCAAUUUCUUCUAUCAGUGUUCCAACUUCCUUCCAUACCACAUGCAGUGUCCCUCAGAUCUUCAUUUCAAUCCAGUUUUACAAGUUUGUGAUUGGCCAUAUGAAGCUGGUUGUGAAAAGACGACCUCAAAAGAUAUAGAAACAUCAACAUACGUCACAUCUACUAUGAAUGCCUCAUCAACAUUUCAGCCAACUAGUAUAUCAGAUUAUGUGUCAUCUACAGUCAAGAACACUUUUUCGACAGAAAAAGAAAGUCUUAGUACUAAGGAUGUCAAUGAAAUAACUGAAAACAGCACAGAUAUAAAAACAUUGAUAUCUAACCUUCCUACUUCUUCAAUGAUAGAUAUCACUACUACAAGUAAACCAAAUAACUUUACUAGUGUAGAAGUAUCUUCAGAUAAUAUUUCUCCAAAUGAAAACAUCACUAUCCAACCACUAACAGACAAUGAUGAAACAUCUGUAAACAAGACCAAUUCAACUGAAAAAACAAACCAGUUUGAAUCUACUGUAACUGACAGCAUAACAAAAGCAGAUAAUGUAACAGGAAAAACAUCUUCAAGUAAAUUUACCACAGAAAUUGAUAUUUCUAACAUUACUAAUACAACUUUGAAUCCACAAACAAAAAAAGAUUUUUCUGAAAUAACAGUUAAUUUUGAAACUACCAUAACUGAUACAACAAAAAAGGAAUCAAAUGUAACAUACUUUUCCACAGAAGAAACUACUGGAGAAAAUGACAUGAAUAGCACAACAUUAAAUCCAGAGUCAAAAACUGUUUCAGUUGAGGUAAAGAGUGAAUCUGAACCAAUAGAAGUUAGCAGUUCAUCAGAAGUUGAAACAAGCAGUGAGCCUACAAACACUACAUCAGAAGUUGAAACAAGUAGCAAGUCUGAGCCAGGAGAAACUGAUACUACAACAGAAGUUGAAGCAAGCAGCAAGUUUGAGCCAAUAGAAACUGAUAGUACAAUUGAAGUUGAAACAAGCAGUGAGUAUCAAGAAACAGAUACUGUAUCAGAAAUUGAAACAAGCAGUGAGUCUCUAGAAAUAGAUACUGCAUCAGAAGUUGAAACAAGCAGUGAGUCUCGAGAAACAGACACAGUAUCAGAAAUUGAAACAAGCAGUGAGUCUCUAAAAACAGAUACUGUAUCAGAAAUUGAAACAAGCAGUGAGUCUGAGCCUAGAGAAACUGAUAGCACAUCAGAAGUUGAAACGAGUAGCGAGUCUGAACCUAAAGAAACUGAUAGUACAAUUGAAGUUGAAACAAGCAGUGAGUCUCUAGAAACAGAUAUUGUAUCAGAAAUUGAAACAAGCAGUGAGUCUCUAAAAACAGAUACUGUAUCAGAAAUUGAAACAAGCAGUGAGUCUGAGCCUAGAGAAACUGAUGGCACAUCAAAAGUUGAAACAAGUAGUGAGUCUGAACCUAAAGAAACUAAUAGUACAAUUGAAGUUGAAACAAGCAGUGAGUCUCGAGAAACAGGCACUGUAUCAGAAAUUGAAACAAGCAGUGAGUCUCUAAAAACAGAUACUGUAUCAGAAAUUGAAACAAGCAGUGAGUCUGAGCAUAGGGAAACUGAUAGCACAUCAGAAAUUGAAACAAGCAGCGAGUCUGAACCUAAAGAAACUGAUAGUACAAUUGAAGUUGAAACAAGUAGCGAGUCUGAAUCUAGAGAAACAGAUACUAUAUCAGAGAUUGAAACAAGCAGCAAUUCUGGGUCCAGAGAAACUGACACUGCAUCAGAAGUUGAAACCAUGAAAACGAAAAUUGUAACAACUUUUGAAAAUGUAACUGAAACUAUUAAAAAUAUAACUGAUGCACCAGAAUUAAAAACUUCCUCCAGAAAAGCAGAUUUUGAAUACACAGAAACUGUAACUGAUUUGCAAUCUAGCACACUACAAAAUAAUUUUACAGCCAGUGCUUCUGAAAUUAUUUCUACAACUUAUAAUAUGACAACACUAGAUUAUAAUCAAAAAACAAUUUCUACCCUGAAAGAAAAUAUAACUUCAACUGAUACAGCAACACAAGAGUUUGUAACAUUCACCACUAGCCCUGUGCCUGUGGUAAAUAUUUCAACUCAAAACACUAGCGAAAUACUAGAAUCAACUACAAAUGUCUUAACUAAUCAGACUGUUCAAACAUCUCAAUCUGAUAAAAUGGUUACAACAACAGAGACUUUAUCAGAGGAAACUUCAUCAGAUGAAAUUGUUCAGAAUUUUACAUGCAUCUCCAGAUUUGGCCUAUACCCUGAUCCAGAAAAUUGUAAUUACUUUUAUCAGUGUUCUCAUUAUAUUCCAUAUCACAUUCAGUGCCCAUCUGAUCUCCACUUCAAUCCCAUUCUACAAGUUUGUGAUUGGCCAUAUGAAGCUGGUUGUGAGUUAAAUUCAACUGAUUCAUCUAAAGAAAUUGAUACAGAUUAUACACCACAUCCUCAAACCAACACAGCGAGUCACAUAUCAAGUACCUCUGAAUACCAAACUGAGGAAACAACAAAAAAAGAUAUCAUUUCAACAGAAACAGAGUCUGCAAAAGAAGAGACAUCCUCAGAGUCUAAUAAAUUACUUACAAGCUUAAAAUCAACAUACAAGCCAAGUUCUACUGCUACACCAGACAUAACAAGAUUUAAUGAAACAACUGCCUCUAAGAUCAUUAAUUAUAGCACCUUAUUUACUACAGACUCAACACCAGAAUUUGACACUGAAACUACUAGCACUGACGAACAAGCAUUCACAAAGAACAACAGUGCUUAUAGCACUAUAGGGUCUACAAAGGAAACUAAUUUUGAAAUAACUAGUUCCACACAACAAGAGUUAGAGACAAAGAACGGUAGUGAUUACAGUACUAUGAAAUUUACAAAAGAAACUGAAAUUGAAACAACUAGUGUCAAUACUGAAUUGAUUACUACAAAGGAUAAUAUUGAUGACAGUACAAUAAAUCUCACUAAUUCCACAAAAGAAGCUGAGAUUGAUACAACUAGUCCCACUGAGCAAGAGUUUGUGACAAAAAAUAAUUAUUAUUUUAGUACUAUAUAUGUUACUAAUUUUACAAAAGAAGCUGAAACUGAAACAACUGACUCUGACAGUCAGAAUCACAGUACAAAGAAUGACAGUGAUUACAGUACUAUGAUUAGUACAAACUCAACAAGAGCAGAAAUUGUUACAUUUUCUGAAUCACAGAAGUUUACAUCAAAAAGUCAAACAGAAACAGAAAAUGUAACAAUGAAAUACAUAUCAACAAAUGCUGAUAAAUUCGAAACAACUUUCGAUUACAAGUCAACCAGUGAAAAAAGUAAUGACAGUAUUGAUACCACAACAGUAACUUCAUCUAAUAAGCAAUCAACUAUUGACGAAACGGAGCAGCCACUGGAUUUUGAAUGUCCAUCAAGAUUUGGGUUGUAUCCUGAUUUACAUAACUGUUCCAGAUUUUAUCAGUGCUCUCAAUGGAUAGCAAAUCACAUGAAUUGUCCACCAGAAUUACAUUAUAAUCCAGUCUUGCAAGUUUGUGAUUGGCCUAUUGAUGCUGGUUGCGAGAAUAUCACAGACAUAGAAUUUAAUUCUGCAGAAAAUGAAGAAUCUGCUAAUCUCACUGCUACAAGUAAAACUAUAGAUAAGCAAUCAACAACUUUCUCAACAAAGCUAAAUGAUUAUACAGAUAAAUCUUAUCAACCAAACGAUUCAGAGGAAGCAUCUCCUACUUAUGACAAAAACACGCAUGAAAAAGAAGGUAGAGAAGAACUAUCUACAGAAAUUACACAGCAAGAAACCUCAACUCUAGGUACAACCAACGAAAUAAAAGUAAGUUUUGAGUGUCCUUCAAGGUUUGGUUUGUUUCCUGACAAAAGCAACUGCUCAAGAUUCUACCAAUGCUCUCAAUGGACAUCUUAUCCUAAACAGUGUUCACCCGGUCUUCAUUUUGAUGCAGAUUUGAAAGUCUGUGAUUCACCAUACAAAGCUGGAUGUGAUAAAUCUUUGAUUACAAAUGAAGAAGGGAGGAGCACCGAGAAGAAAUAACAUAAAAAUGAAAGACACUGAAAGAAGUAUAAUGCAACAAAAUUGUUAAGAAUAACUCAUUGUAAAAGCAGAAAUACAAAUAAAGCCCGAAAUGCAUGUCUAUUGACAAAUGUAUAUAAACUGUAUGAAAAAAUUAAUCUGCAAAUAAAAAUUUACUUUUAUUUUUAA